UUUAUCGCAUUUUGUAAAUCAUUUGAAACCAUUAUCGUAAGCCUUAGGAAAUUUAAACGCUAAUGGUACAAUGAUACACGAGGGAAAUGUAUAGCAAGCAGGUGAAGCACGAUGGAAUAACGUGGCUACGAUCGAUUAAAGGAAGUUGAGUGGCGGUGGCAGGGGUGCAGCUAUGUUUCCCGUUCAGGUUACCAGGGUAUUUCGUUUGCUCGCAGCCGAGAAUUCAGAAACAAAGAAUAGUAGUAAGUUAAUUUCGAGGAUACGCGACGAUCGAGUAACUUUAUUUGUAAUAAAGUGACGACGAUGUUGAUGAAAACGUAGAUGCGUGGCAUACGACGACAGAAAUAUAUCGUAAAACGUAGUAGAGAGAAGUGUACGAAGAAACAGUAAAAGAGAAGAAGAACGAGUUUGACAAUGUCGGUAUCAGGAUAUGUAAUUGGUCCACAAAUACCUCAAGGUUUAGCCGUGGUGGUUGAAGGUCUUGCACGGGAAAUCUUACGUAACCAGCCCGCGGAUAUUUACGCGUUUGCGGCUCAUCAUUUCGAAGAAUUGCUGAAAUUAAGAGAAAAAGGACGUCUGGUCGAGAUCGUUCCACAGGUAUUCAAUGACAAAUCAUCUAACAAACGCGAUCGCGAUGACAGAUUUAAGCCUGGUCGUUUAUCGAUUACUGCUGAUUCUUUUCUUUUCCUUUCGUUCGUUCUCAAGGUUUCUGCUUUGCUCGAUGAAACGGCAACGGUAAGGAAGUUAACGGCACCGUGUCUAACGAGAAAAUUGGCGAGAAAACAGAGGGAGACAACGAAUGGGUGCGGAUGGUCCAUAAAUCGAACCGUUAAGGUAUUUAAGAAGCAUGGAUAUAAAAGGGAUGAUAAAAACAAGGAAGAGGAGAGAAAGAUUUCCGAUGACUAUCCGGAGAUCCGUUCAGCAGGAUUUUCAAAGAAAACGAUUCGCGGUCGAUUUGUUCGAUCGUCCUCGGUCGGAGAUCUGCUUGGUAAACACAUUAGAACCGAGGUUGGCGAAGAGACGGAUAACAUUCGCGAUAGGUUUGCCUCGAAGCAACGCGAGUACCAGAAACGCUUGAAACGGCAAAAGAGUGCUGGUCAGAUCGAAAGAAGCGAACAGUUUGGAAGGACGGAGAAAGAUAACGGGUACGCGAUCGAUCGAGAAAGGAGUAAGUCGGUUGCGAACGAUAGAGCGAAAUGGAACGAAUCCGAUGUGGAGGAGAGAACGCGAUGGUACCGUGCAAGAACCGGAAGCGAAGAGGGCACGUUUGGAAGGUGCCGAAACGAACGAGAGCAACGAAAAAGCAAGUCGGCUGGUAGUCAACGAAGAGAGAGAAAGAAAUUGGAGGAAAAGUUUCGAGACGCGGAAGAAACGAAAAUGAAAAUAUUUAAGUUGCGCUCCGAAAAGAACCGAGAAGAAUCGAAAGACAAUCGCGUAACAGAAAAAGAAGUAGAAGAAGGUGGAGGUGAAGGUAAAAAUCUAUUAUCGCGAAUCGAUGCUUUGGAGAGUCUGGUUACCCUUCCAUCAGUCGUCACGAGACAAUGUUCUAGCAGAUGUUCAACGAUCGAGGUACAGGAGUCCGACGAACCAGCCGAUCAAAGCAGUUUCGUUCUACCCCCGAUUUCGAACGAUUCUGCAAAACUGCUUAAAAAAGAAAGCAGUUUAACGUUACCGUCUCUAUCGAACGGACGAACUACGAAUACGUCCGUUUCCGGUGAUCGUCGGGAUUCGAAUAUUCGCAACGGAGAGGAAAUACGAAUCGCAGACGAUCGCAAAGACGAACAGGUAAACGACAUCGUCUCUAGGAAGAAUUCGUGGUUUAAUGAAAAUAAUGAAAAUAAUGAAAAUCAGGAGGAAGACGAGACGACGAGGGUUUUGAAGGAAAUAGAAAAUAUUGGAUACUCGAAUUCGCGAGAAACAGACGUCGAGGAAGUCUUCAAAGAUAGUUUAAACGUUACCCCCGAUUCGAUUGAAUUAUCUCCGAGGCCAGAUUCGUUGGAACAUCUGCAAGAGGUGGACGCAUCGAAGGUAGUCGAGGGGGAUGAGGAAACAGAUAGGCAGGAAAGGGAGAACGAUGAGGAAGGUGAGAAUGGAGAGAAUCAAGAGCAACAGAAUCGAUCGAACGAAUUGAAACAAAAGUUGCUCGAGAUAGAAAUGGUGGAGAAAAGUAUCGAGAACACCCUUUCCUCCGAGACAGCCGUUACUUCUGAUAAUUUACUCGAAAAAGGAUUCUUAGUUGAAUCUCAGGUAGACUCGAAUAGAGAAACGUGCGAAAGCGACACGAUUUUCAUAACCGAGACGAGGAAGGUGGAGGAGGAGGAGGAGAAGGAGGUAAACUCGAAGAAAGAAUCGACAGGGGAUGACAAAGACAAUGGUAAGGAUGAUCACGAAAUUGAUACGUGCAAAGGUGAAACGGUAACCGGAAAAAACUCGAAUGCUUCUUCGAAUAUUUCCUCCGCCAAAGACGUCGAUACCGAUCGGUCAGACGUCUCGGAGCCAGUUCCGGUCCCGCUGUCGCUUUCGCUCUCGGAAAACUCUUUGAUAAAGAUUGACCCUUCUUGUUACAUUCUUACAGAGGGCUCUCCUUGCGAAAUACCGGAAUCGGUCACGACCGUCAUUAUACCGGAGAAAAAUUUUCCAAACGACGAGAUCGUCGAGUUAGCCAGCGAUCCCUGUUUCGAGAAUACAGACUCACCUUGGAAUCCUGAUGAAGAAAAAUUUCAACGCGACAAAAAUCCGUUUGGAGAUCGCGUAUCUCCAGAAGCUUUUCAAUGCUCGACAAGUAUCGACGGUGAUUUUCUACUCGGAAUAAGUAAUGCCGUUGAUCGAACGGCUGCUUGCCAAGACCUUGGAAACAUUAAGGAGGAGGAGGAGGAAAGCGAACGCGAUCACGGUCAACGCGAUGUGUCGUGUGUAAAAUUAUCCGAAGACGUUACGAGCAGCACUUCCGAUAAUUUAGAAAAGCGUUUCGAAACGAUCGAAGACAAGAACGAUAGCGAUUGUGCCGUCGAGGGGGUGAACGGAGGCGUUAAGAGUGAAAACGAGAAAUGUUUGAAGGAAGACGAGGAAAGUAGACCGUACGUACCAGAACUGAAUUUAGAUUCUCUUCGAGAUGUAACGAUCUCUUCUUUCGCAACAUCUGGAUCGAAAGAUGUCGAAGAUCCGUGGAUAAAGGAAAAGAUAAACGAAGAGAAAAACGAGGAUGUUAGUUUCUGCGAAGGAGAGAACACUUUGUCUUCCUUCGAUACUUUGCCCUCGGAAGAGAAAACGAUGCUAGACGAGGGGGUUCUCCCUUCGAAAAUCGAACUUCUUCGGGAAGAAAUUUCAGUCGAUCGUAAAAAUGAACAGCGAGACGACGAGCGUAUCGAUGAUCUACUCGUUCCCCCGAAACAAGGAGACGAUUCGUCCGACACAGAGGAGGAAAUUGCAAGAGAGUUGAUAAAAAAUUUGAUUUUGGAAAUGCCUGUCGUUCAAGAGGUUACCGGAAUAGAUACGAACGAUGAACCGGAAGAAACGGACGUCGAUAAAGUUAAGAAGGAAGAAACGGAGGAAGAAGAAGAAAGGGAGGAUAACGAGGAUGAAAAGAAUAUCGUUAAAUGUUAUUCGACGACACCGACAGCGACGAUAGGGACGGAGAUGUGUUUGCCGCAGCAAGGAUUUCAAAGCGGAAGUGGUUUAUGGCACACCGGUGAAUUUCACGAUUCCUUACCGUUACCAAUACUCGAAGCACCGAACGUCGUUUCUAGCAAGAAUUUUCAAACUGCGAACGUUACACAGAAAACAACGAGGACGACGGAUCCGUGGUUUGCCGUCGAGCCCGAUCGUAUCGGACAUCAGGGAUUCACCGUCGAUCCUGACACGGGGAUCCGUCUCGUAGCCGAAUCGCCAACACAGCGACCGACUGUUGUUUAUGCGAUCGAAACUAAAUUACCGUUCAUUACUCCCUCUUUUAGUUUCCUACCUUGCCUCGUACGAGUUGGAUCAGUGGUCGACGAUCCGAGGAACGCGAAUAUCAGCGUCGUUUCACCUACAGAAAAUACGCGCGAUCUCGAUAUCGAUGAUCUCGUUCGCGAACCAUUGGCGCUCGACGAUGACGAACCAAAGCCAUCGAUUGUUAUAGAAGAAAUUUUAGUUGACGACGAGAAGGAGGAGCAAACGUCUCACGAUAACGAAGGACAAUGAACGUAGCAAGACGGCGCGUAAAGUGCCGUGCGAAGGCUGAUUUCCUGAUAAUCGGUCAAUUCGGAACGAACGUACAAAGUAUCUGUACUUUAACCGUGGUGCUUCUUUUGCCUCCUUAGUAUAUUUCUAAACCGAUGAAAAGAGUUUUCAUCGGACAAGUUGCUAUUCUAUUUUCCCUUAGUUUUAUCGAUAGCGUUGAAAACUAGUUAUAAAUAAUAUACGAUAUCUAGCGCAUCUAGGAAUUUCAUCGAAUUCGUCAAA